CUUACAGUGCUCACUGCUGCCCAGUUUCCAACCCAUGGGGGAGCCCGGCCAGCCAUGUCAUGGCUCCGCAGGCUGGAUUUGGCUGUCAGGCCAGAGGCUGAGCACCCUUGAACUACAGUAUAUAUAAAGUUUUAAAAAACCCAACCAACUAGGCAAAAAAAAAUGUCAAAAGAUACUGUAUCUUUAGUCCUUCUGCGGUCAUUAUAGUUAGAUGUGCAUCUCUUAUUCAGGUUCAUUAAACAAAAUGUAGCCUCCUGGAGUGUUUUAACAGUGCCUCCACUACUUCACUGUCAAUCUUUUCUGCACCUGAAUUAAUAUGACCGCACAUGUUUGUCAUUAGAGCUGAAAACAAUCUGCAGAGCAGUGGCAUGGAAUAGAAACCUUCCCAGGACUGGCCAACAGGACAGCAACAGGAUUGCAGAAGAAAGCAUAGUUUGAAUAGGAAAACGUCAAGAUUUAGAGGGUGGUUAACUCCUGUAGAGUGGAGAGAGAUUAACAGGAAUCAGAGAGAGAAGAAUUAAAAACAUAGGGACUGCCAUUUAGUGGGUCAGACCAUAGGUCCAGACUUGCCCAGUAUCCGGUGUCACACAGUAGCAGUGAUGACAAAUGAGAAGCAGUACUGCCUGAAUAGAAAUGUCACUGCCCCUCCCAGGCAGUUAGUUUUAAAGCUUGGGUACAGCAGGAACCAAAGAAGGGUCCAGGUGCACCACUGUGCCCCUUCUGGAUCCACCCUGAGGCUGGAGUUUCCCUUUCUCAGUGUAGAUGGUACAGGAGACCCUUCCCUCCCACAUCCUCCUGCCUGCCUCCUCAACAGCUGCUCCUUGCCCCUUGCUACUUUCCCACAGUGCAUGCUGGAUCCUGCGGGCUGGGGCAUCAGGGAGUGCCGCACCAUGUUAGCACCACUAGAUGCACAAAUAUCAAUCGCAAGAUAAACACAGAGAUUUCAAAUAGGAUUCCAGAGUGUCAAAACCACUGGCCCUGCAGUGCUCUUUCUGGAUUCUUUACAACAGACAAAUAGUUCUAGUAUUUUUCUGUGGUUAAAAAUUGAGUGAAAACUAAGAGCCAUCAUUUUCCAAUGAGUUUCUUAUGGGCAGAUCUAAAAUUUUGAAAAAGGAGAUGCAGGUGGUGAAAUGCACCAUCACAUAUGAAACAACACAUUUUUCUCCAGUUAAAAAUGAACUAGGAGUUGUACUCAUAUGCUAGGAGCCUAGGGCUGUAUUGAAGCAAAACAAUAUGUAACUUAAUUAGAAUGAGCUAAAAACAGUUUGUAGGGCUGUGAUAUAGGAGCAUCAUUACCCAAAACGGCUAACAGAUAGCAGAACUGCAGAACAAAGGAUAGCUUGACUGGGGAACAUCAAGACCAUUAAAAAGGAGACAGUCAUUAACACCUGUGAAAUGAAGAGUUUAGAAGGGAUGGGGUAGUAGACUAUAAUGAGCCAUGAAGUCAGUUGACUCUCUUAGCACUGUCUGACUAGAAAUGUUACUGCUACUUCCAGGCACUUGGCUUUAAACUUUGGGUGAACCAAGAAUCAAAGGGGGAUGCAACUAUAUCAUUGUACCUCCCCCUGGAUCCAUUGAUAGAUAAUGCAUAAGUGUUGACAGUGGGGGGCCAGAACUUCACACUGUUGUUGCGGCCCCCUCUGUUACCAGGUGCUGGCUCCAUUUGGGUUGCCGGCUUGCACCCUAUGCCCUGUUGUAGAGGCAGAAAUCACACCCCCACCCUGUUGCUCCCAGGCCCUGGUUCCAUCCAGGCUACAGCCUUGCACCUCGCUGUUGGUGCAGAAAUCUAGGGGGGCAUAUGCCCCGUCAUGCCCCACCCAUGCGUUGCCUAUAGAUCCACCCCUCUGGCACCUUGAGUCUAAAAAAGUCAAGAAACCACGGCUUUACUAAGAGCUAUCUGAUGUCUGUUGAAUCCUUUCUCCCAGAGGAGAGGAUGGGGGUUUUCUUGUACCUUGCGCAAUCACGUAAGCAGCAAUUCCAAACAGGAGCUAGAAGUGAUCCCCAAAACUCAUGAGACUUUAAAAAAUAUAUAACAUUAUAUAUUUUCUUUCUUUAAUUUUCCAUCUACUGCCCUCUGGAUGUUGAUCCUCUAGGAUUCGUAUUACAAGAUUUCUUAACAAACACAAGGGCUAAGAACUUCAUUUUAAUAACUACAAAAAUCCAAGAGUUUCAGGAAAUAUCACAGCUGGACUUCAAGCAAAACAGUACUUACAAGAUUUGUGAUAAAGCAAUCAGAGUUGUCCAUGCUAUACACCUGGGUGAUUCUCAAUCAGAGUGCUGUGAGAUCCUUUUUAAGGGUGCCAUGGCGUGCUGUACAACUGUUGGUUGUGCAAAUACUUAUAUGUGAUUCACAAGAUAAGCCUAGAGAUUUCAAAACGGAGUCCAUGGUGUCAAAAACAUUCUGACCUGUUUCGGUGUUUCUUUGCAACAGAAGAAUUGCUUUUUUAUUUUUCGAUGGUCGAGAAAUGAGUGAAAGCUAAGACCUGGCAUUUUCUGAGGGAUGCCUUGAGUCUAAGAAGGUUGAGAACCAUUGACUUAUGCAGAGAGUGCAGAACUCAAGUCAAAUAUAAAAUAAGUAAAAAAAAAAUUCCACUUUUGGUAGCAUUUUCUAGGCCUUUCUUUUAACAAACUAACCAUGACAUCCAGGAAGACUUGCCAAUUCAUUCCCAUCCAUCUGUUUGAAAUAAAAGUUGACCUAAUUUACUCUUUUUAAAAAUAUAUAGUAUGUUAAUUUAAUGCUGGACAAAGGAACUUUAUUGACUGACAGCCCUGGAGAAUUAAAUCUUCUGCAUACUCCCUGAAGAUACAGCUUGGGCAGUGGCAGUACAUACAUCUCGCACACUGCACUUUUGAUACAUCUCAACUAUGAAUCACCUUGCAUGCAACCAUGAAGGACAUAGGAAGCCCCUCACACCCAUCCCAUCCUUGUUUUUUUCUUUUUAAACUCAUAGCAAAGAGUCCACUUACUGCCAUUGUUUAUGCUGCUUUUUGUGAUGGGUAAGAUGCAUAGACACUGCCUUUGGUUUUUGCUGGUGGGUGGUUUAUUUUUUUGUGUUCCCAUGCUGAGCCCCAUGCAUGUCCAGAAGAGGCAGUUCAUUACUUCAACCUGUCUUGCCCGAUGUGGCUUGUGGGUGCUAAGCACCCACUAAUUUUUUCCAUGGGUGCUUGAUCCCUGAAGCACCCACAGAGUUGGCACCUAUGGUAAAAGGUCCUAAGAGAAACUGGAUUGGGACCACCAAUACAGAAGCCAUUAAGCAGUCAUAUGAUUUUCACUCAUGACCGAUGUUAAUACUGUACUGAGCUCUUGCAUGUUCUUGCAUGAAUUUUUUAAAGUCACUGCAGCUCACCACAGAAGCAUAGGGCCACACUUCAGGGUGAUGGUUGAGCACUCUAGCUGAAGACUAGAACUGAUUAUUAGCAUCCAUCAGUUUCCAAACUUUUCAGCCAUCCAGUCCCUUCCAAUUUCUCUAUUUCCUUUGGCCGAUCACUGGAAGAGGAGAAGUAAGCUGUUGUGACUCAGCUCUUUGGGCGGGUGGGUCUAUCUAGUGUUUGACAAAGAUAAUGCCCCCUACUACAUCCUCCCUUUUUCUGGGACUUUCACUAGCUUUUUUUUCUUAAACACAUGCAAAAAGAAAAGUAAACAUAGUUCCUAGGGUGCUGUGCAAAGAAACAACUGUAAAGACAGAAGCCAUGACAGAAAAUGACAAGCACACAAAAGUGGAGCAAUAUGUUGGGGAAAUUAAAGGAGGGUUGAAACCAGCCAUGAAAAUCACUAUCAUCGGGGCCAUAAGUUCCAGGCCCAAGAGCUUUUCAGUGACUCUGCUCUCUGACCCUAUGGAUAUAAGCAAGGAUGUCGGGCUGUUGUUUGCAGUCAAUUUUAGUGAUAAGUCUAUCACUCGGAAUGCACGGACUGCUGGGAAAUGGGGAAGAGAGGAGAAGAAUAUUCCCUACUUCCCAUUCACAGCAGGGGACACAUUUAAGAUGGAACUCUUGUGUGAGCACCAGCAGAUGCGGGUCUUGAUUGAUGGGCGGCAAUUCUGUGAUUUCACUCACCGCAUUCAGACCCUGAGCAUGAUAACAUCUUUACACAUCUCAGGGGAUGUCAUACUUACCAAGGUGGCUUGAAAGAAAGACCCCAAUCUUAUCAGUAGAUUAAGACAGAUGCACUUCUGGUUGGAUAGAAAAGUGAUCUCCCUUCUCUUCUGAGUAUUUCUUGAGAUCUAAAAUGUGGACUUUGAUUUGGUUUUGUUUAGUUUUGUUCACAAAUUCAGAAAAUCUGCUUUUUCUCAUAGAGACUGUAGAGCUGCAGUGGCAGGGCUGGUUCAAACAAAUCUGAGGCCCAAUGCAAAGCCAUUCACUUGACCUCUCAAACUGAAAGGCUUAUGAUUCAGUAUGCAGCCUUCCCUACCCUCAUCAGCUCUAAGCUGUUAUCAGCUGGAGGGGUUCAGUACCCUGAGGGUAGAGGUGGGCAUUAACCAUGUGUCUAAAACUGAAAAGUGUGAUUGUGGCUGGGCUUAAGGUAUAGAGGAUGAUGAUUUUCUGCAACAUAAGUGAGAGAAUCUGAAAUACAUGAACUAGAUUCAUGUUAGAGGGAGAGCAAGCCUAAUACUCAAGGGAGCUCAAGCCAUCACUACACUUCUCUGUCAGCACUAAACCCCUAGUUCUUCACACCAUGAAGUAGUAACUGCUCCACAAGCAUUUCUGUUUCUCCUGGGGCUGCCCCUGUGAUUCCGAAUCCUCUGUAACUGCAAGUUUAGAAGCCUUAGCUGAACUGGUCCUCUGCAAUGUUGCCUGUAGCUAAACCUAUCACCUGUUUUGUUCUGUUCUGUAUGUCCUUUGUUCUUAUAUGCAGCUGAAAAUGCCUACUUACUUGCAAAUCCCUUUAGCUAUUUUGUUAAAUUAAUAUUUGUACCACUUUAAUGUUGUGAUGACUAUUUGCACCUGUAUGUUUUGCAAAGCUUCCAAACAUGUAGCUAUAAUGAAUACAUAUAUAUGCAUUAUAAUCACAAUGGAUUUUGUGCUUUGUGAACUAUGAAAGAACUAUAAUCCCUCCCAGAGACUUUCAAUUGACAUGCCUCUGACUUCUUUUUCUUGUGACUCUCCCUUUUGCUGACAAUGGAACAUAUGCUGAUCUCAGUUAUCAUGGUGCAAAUCUGGAGUAACUCCACUAGCCUGAUCACAUAUGCAGCAGGCAUACUUCAGCAUAUCAAAUUGCUGCUGACAAUGGUUCUGCCUAUGCUCUGGGUUCUCCCUCUGAUGCUGCUUCCCCCCGUCAUCUUUUCCCAAUUCCUCUAGGCAUGCUGAUUAACAUUAACAACCAAAAACAUCUGGCUCUCCCUAUCCCCUACUGUGCAUUGCUGUCCUAAAUUGCAUCUAUAGAAAGUUAAUUUGUCCAAUAAGAAGUGCUUACAAUAUAGGAAGGAGAUGAAAUCCUCUGUAUGAAGGGAGGAUAUUUUCUCAGUAUAUACAUUAAGUGGGUGGACAAAAAGGUGCUAUUCAGGGAAGCAUGAUCUGUUACAUAAAGUACUGGAAUGGGAUUUAAGAAUCAUAGGUUCUGUUUCUCGUAUUGCCAUCAACUUCCUGUGUGAUGUUGGAGGAGAGAUAUAAAACAGAAGGUCAUAGAUUUUUUUUGGAUGCUCUGUAGAGGAUAUGUCUACUGGUGCUCAGAAACCAAGAGGGAUAUUCUAAAUGAGUAAAUGGACUAUCUGGGUAUUUUUUAAAUCAUUCACAUAAAUCACGCGUUUUCAGUCUGUAAGCAAUGGCAUAUUAUCAGUAUGAAAAAGGGGUACUAGCAUGCUCUGAGGGAGAACUAGUCCAAAAGAUCCCUCUCAUUUUCAUUUGAAAAUUUUCCCCAUACAUCAAUAUGCCAGUCUCCCUGCUUUCAGCAAGUCCUUCACAUGAAGGGUCCUGUGAAUCGUGCAUAGGAGAUUAUUCCAUAACAACAAUGUUGAGAAACUAUGGGUGAAGUUUCAGUUUGAACAUGUAGCUUAAGUGAAGUACUGUUAUUUUCCACAUACCCCAAUCUGACCUUUGGGAAAGAUCAUAUGAAAGGAAAAGGCUGUCUCAAGAAAACUAAGCUUUUCCUAGAUUUCCUAGAUUUAAUGAAACAAGAGUCAAGUUUAAUAGAAAAAUAAAGUAAAGUUUAAUGGUUCUAAGUGGAAACAACAUUAACUAGUACAAUAUUAUUAGAGUUAUCAAUCUUAAUGGUGCUGCACAGAAACUGAUUUAGAGUGAAAGCCAGGAGGAAAAGCCCUGCCUUAUCAUAAAUUAGUUCUGAAGUUCUCCCCUCUUUCUUCUAAAAUAUGAAGAACUGGCCACUGUUAAGGAUAUUGAUAUCCAAGGAGAUGGACUAUUGAUCCAACUGGGUAUGACAAUCAAUAUGGUCAUGUGACACUAUGGGAUUUUCCAGCAUAUCUGGAGUCUGCAUAUUGGAUUAGAGCAGGGGUGGGCAAUUAUUUGGGCUG